CUCCGUCGGCCAAUUUUCUCUGUCAAGGAUUUUCUUCCAGAAGAAAGGAAAUUCCGAAGCAUCUACAAAACAGCAGUCUUUGACUUCUUUCGUCCUCUACAUCCGCUCGGGUCCCGACAAAAGAGUUUUGCCUGUCUUAGUUUCUCUAUCAAAGAAAGGCCAAAACGUUCAAGAUGCAUCCCGGCGUUCUCCAUCGGCGCUUCCUUAACGAUCUCUCGACAUCCCUGUUCUCAUUCGUGCUUCCUCUUCUACCCCCAAGUGAAGAGCUCAGUGUCAAAGAGGAAGUACGGUGUUUGAUAGAGAAGCUCAUCAAGACUCUCGAACCAUCAGCGAGACUGCUUAGUUUUGGAAGUAGCUGUAAUUCUUUUGGUUUGCGCAAUUCCGACAUGGAUUUGGUCGUUUUAAUCGAUGACUCCGGUGCCAAGCUGGAUCCCGGAAAUUUCGUCGAAAGCAUGGCAGUACUUCUCGAACGGGAGACAAAUUUCAACGUCAAGCCUUUGCCUCGAGCUCGUAUCCCCAUAUUGAAACUCGAACUCGCUCCAUCACCCGCACUUCCUUUUGGUAUUGCCUGUGAUAUCGGCAUCGAGAAUCGUUUAGCGAUAGAAAACACAAGGCUACUCCUUACGUACGCUACCAUCGAUCCCGCUAGAGUUAGGACUCUCGUUCUGUUUCUCAAAGUAUGGUCAAAACGACGGAGGAUCAAUUCUCCUUACCGUGGCACCUUGUCUUCAUACGGGUUCACUCUCAUGGUUUUGUAUUUCCUCGUGCAUGUCAAACAACCACCAGUCCUGCCCAAUUUGCAACGAAUCAUGCCCAUGCGACCCCUUGAAGAGGACGAGGUCAUGCUCGAGGGUAGAAAUGUGUAUUUUUUCGACGAUGUCGAGACCCUUAGGCGUGAAUGGUCGAGUGUUAAUUUCGAGAGCGUCGGGGAGCUACUGGUGGACUUUUUCCGCUACUUCUCACAUGAUUUCCAAUUCAACAAUUCCGUCUUAUCACUGCGAGCAGGCCAGUUGACAAAAGAAAGCAAGGGCUGGGUAAACGACAUCGAUGUAGGCGGCCUGAACGAGAUGGCGCGAGACAGAAACAGACUUUGUAUCGAGGACCCCUUCGAGAUCUCGUACAAUGUCGCCAGGACUGUGACUAAAGAUGGACUUUACACUAUACGAGGAGAAUUCAUGCGCGCCACAAGGAUUCUUACACAACGUCCCGAUCGAGCUGUACUUGCUCUCGCAGAACUGUGUCGAGAGCGCGAAGAUGAGCUCCAACGCGCACCAAGAUCUUCUUCUCCAGCCCCUCGCGCACUGUCAGCCAACCGCGGCAACUUCAGCAAUUCCCAUGCCCAGGGCCAAUGGCGAUCCCAAUCUCAAACAUCCUAUGACCGAUUAGGAGCUGGGGCGCACGAAUCGCACGGCCUCAGAACUGGCGAAGAUUUGUCGGAAUAUUCGGCGCAAGACCUCUGGCUACAUAGUCAAGGCACUAGUCUGGGAGGGGUACAGACUCUCAAUGAGGAUGUUGACGCGCGUGGCUCCAGAGGACGAGAUACAGUCGCUCGCGGCCUCGAUACUGCAGGAGGCUCUCAUCGGGGCAGUCCCUCAACCCGUCGGUCUACGUCCGCCUACGCAGAUGGUGGUGGCUUGACAACGACAGGGACGGUCUCAGCACCUCUAAGCCCUCAGCGGUUGUAUGCCCAAUUGGAGCUGGGCAAGGGGGCGAGCGUAAAUCAGCAGCAGAUGUGGGCUGGGUAUGAUCCGCGACUGCAUGCCAGCGCGGGCAUGCCCCUCGGCGUAUCGGGACCUUCUGGAUUACGUAGUCAAAGUCAACAGGGUACCUCUAGAGCGUUGUCCGGGCUCGCAUCGAGGCCCUUGAGCUCUUUUGCAAAUUCGACUGGUAUCCUUCCGACUCCUGCGGGUGCUAAAGGCCUGCAUGCGACAACCCAUCUGCCAGCCUUCUCUCCAUUUGAUGCGGAUCCCGUCACCCCUGCACCCGUCUCGAUACACACCGAAUCCCUUCACACUGGUCCAUCGACUGCCCCUUUGCGACAGCCUUCCGUUCAUCUUACUGGAAGCGAUGUUCCAGCCGAGUUUAUCAGCCCCAGCACCUUGCUCUCGCCUGUCCCAAGAGUGACAACCCUUCCCGAAUCCCGUAACGGGACACCCGAAUUAGAUCAUCUAGUCCACAGCAUGCGUUUAGUGUCAGUGGACACAAGUGGGGAUCCCGGGUCAAGGGAGAAAUCAGGAUCAGACUGUCCUCCGGCAACUUAGACGGUCAUUGUCAAGCAUACCAGUAGCAUAAGGCCUAGUGUUGUGGUCUAUGGAAGAAUGAUAUUCUUAUUCUGGCCAUCUUCCGUGUCUGCUGAUAUGCACAUGCGGUAAAGCGUAGUUGAGCAAUCCAUAUACAAUAGAGAAAGCAAGCUAGCAGAUUAUUGUCAAUGCAUCUACUUACGUAAAGUACA